AUGUCUGCUGCCUUUGAAGAAAUUAGAUUAGAAGAUAUCCCUGUGGAUGAUAUCGAUUUUUCCGACUUGGAAAAAGAAUAUGAUGUUGUUGAAAAAUUUUCUUUUAAUCAAUAUGUCGUUGUGACUGGUGCUCCAGUUAUUCCUGAAUCAAAAGUUGCUGUUUUGAAGAAGGCCUUGACUGGUCUUUUCUCAAAAGCAGGUGAAGUUGUUGACAUGGAAUUUCCUAUUCAAGACGGUAAGACUAAAGGGUUCUUAUUCGUGGAAUGUGCUUCUCCUGCCGACAGUACCAAGAUUAUUAAGGCUUACAAUGGUAAGAGAUUAGAUUUGAAGCAUCGCUUGUUCUUAUACACCAUGAAGGACGUUGAAAAAUACACUUCUGAAACUUUCAACACUGAAAUGCAAGAACCUGUUUUACCUGAAUUCUUCCCUUCAAGUGCUUUGAAAUCCUGGUUGGAAAAUGGUUCCUGUAGAGAUCAAUAUGUUGUCCAAAACAGUGAUUUAACUACUAUUAUGUGGAACACUCAAAUGGAAGACGAUCCAGAUGCUUUGGUUGAAAGAAGAAGCAAAUGGUCCACUAACUAUGUUAGAUUUUCUCCAAAGGGUACUUACUUAUUUACUUACCAUCCACAAGGUGUUGUUAUGUGGGGUGGUCCAAAAUUUGACCGUCUAAGAAGAUUUUACCAUCCAAACGUCAGAACUUCUUCUGUUUCUCCUACUGAAAAGUAUUUAGUUACUUAUUCAUCCGACCCAAUUGUUGUCGAUAACGAAGAUCCAGAAUGUCCAUUCAGCACCAAAAAUGAGGGCCAUCAAUUAUGCAUCUGGGACAUUAGCACCGGUCUAUUGUUGGUUACUUUACCAGUUACCACAAGCGUUCAAUUACAGUGGCCAAUCGUCAGAUGGUCUUACAACGAUGAAUACUGUGCCAGAUUAAGUGGUGAUAGAUUAGUUGUACAUGAUGUUAAGAAGAAGUUCGCUCCAAUUGACAGUAAAGCUCUAACUACCACUGGUAUUAGGGACUUUUCGUUUGCUCCAACUGGUGUCAAACUUGCUCCAUUCAGAAGUACCGAUGAACCAUCCGUUUUAUUAUCUUACUGGACUCCAGAAACAAAUAACAUGUCCUGUAAGGCCACCAUCGUGGAAGUUCCUCGUGGCAGAGUCUUGAAGACUGUUAACUUAGUCCAAGUUUCCAAUGUUACUUUGCACUGGCAAGACAAUAGUGAAUUCAUAUGUUUCAAUGUUGAACGUCAUACUAAAUCUAAGAAAACUUUAUUCAGUAAUUUAGAAAUUUGUAAAUUAACUGAAAAGGAUAUUCCAGGUGAAAAAAUUGAAUUAAAGGACACAGUUAUUGAAUUUCAAUGGGAACCACAUGGAAAAAGAUUUGUUGCUAUCGCUGCUCAUGAUACUGGUGAUGACAACCCAGCCAUUCCAAGAAAUAUCAUUAUGUUCUUUGCCCCAGAAAAGAAAGAUCCAAAGGACAAAACUAAUACUGUUAAGAAAUGGGUUGAAGUCGCUUCUAUCUCAGAUAGAUUCUCCAACACUGUUGCAUGGUCACCAGCUGGUAGAUUCGUUACUGUUGCUACUUUAGUUAAAGCAACCGUUCGUAGAUCCGACUUUUCUUUCUACGACAUGGACUACACUGGAGAGUCUACCAUUAAUAAGGUCGACAAUGCUUCUGCUAACAUCAGUAAUAUUGGUAAAUCUACUUUUAGUUCUGCUACUGAUCUGGAAUGGGAUCCAUCUGGUAGAUGGUUAGCUGUCUGGUCCAGUUCUCUAAAGCACAAGAAUGAAAAUGGUUUCAAGAUCUUUAACAUUGCUGGUAAAGUUAUUAAAGAUGAACCAAUUCCAAACUUCAAACAUUUUGCUUGGAGACCAAGACCUGCUUCAUUAUUAACAAAUGGUGAAAAGAAGAAGAUCAGAACGAACUUGAGAGAAUGGUCUGCUCAAUUUGCUGAACAAGAUGCUAUGGAAGCUGAUGUUGCUACCAGAGAAUUAAUCUUGAGACAACGUGAAUUAUUAAAGGAAUGGAACGCAUACAGGGCAUCUACUGAAUCUCACUUCGAAAACUCCUUUGGUUACAAACCUUUCGACAUGGUUGACUUACAUACUCCUGACAGUGCUUUCAUUUCCAUUGAAGAAGUUAAGGAAGAAAUUGUGGAACAAACCGAAGAGAAUGUCACCGAAUAA